AUGGCAGAAACUGCCGUGAAGUUUGUACUCCAUAAGCUUACACCAUUCAUCUCAAACGAAGUGCAAAUGAUGAACGAUGUUCGUGAAGAAGUUGUUUAUGUGAGAACAGAACUGGAGCGCAUGAAGGUGUUCCUGAGAAGCGCCGAUUGUUUAGAAGAAAACGACGAAGAAGUCAAAAUUUGGGUGAAGCAAAUCACAGAUGUAGCUCACGAUAUCGAAGAUGUUUUAGACGAGUUCACUCUCCUUCUUACUCACAACCACGGCGAUGGUUUCUACGGCUUUCUUCACAAGCUUUCGUGUUGUGUCAAGAACAUGAAGGCUCGUUAUCGAAUAGCGUAUGAAAUCCAAGGCAUCAACUCAAGAAUCAAGAGUAUUUACGAGGGACACCUCAGACUCCGUAAAAAAUUCCGAGCAGCUGAACAGGCAGGUUCGAGUUUGGCGAAUUCAUGGAAUGACCGUCAUGGGGACGCUCUUCUUUUGGACGAGACUGACUUGGUUGGCAUUGAUGGGCCUAAAGAGAAGGUGGCUGAGUUGCUAGUGGGCGGUGGCUUAGGCCGUCAAGUGGUUUCUCUGGCGGGGAUGGGAGGAAUGGGAAAGACAACUCUGGCGAAACAAGUCUACGAUGAUAGACAAGUUAAGAAACACUUCACUAUCCGUGCUUGGAUCACUGUUUCAAGAAGCUUCAAGAUGGAGGAGCUUCUUAAAGAUAUGCUUCAGCAGCUUUUUCAAGCAAUUAGGAAGUCGGUUCCGAAGGCUGUGGAGACGAUGAGUAGCGAUGGGUUGAAGAAAAUAAUAAAGGAUUUUCUUCAGGAAAGGAGGUAUUUGAUUGUUCUUGAUGAUGUGUGGCAUAUAAAUGACUGGGAUGCGGUGAAAUAUGCUUUGCCCACCGACAAUUGUGGCAGCCGAGUGAUGCUCACUACGCGUAAAGUUGAUUUAGCCUUCACUUCUCGGUUAGAAUCCGAAGGUUGGGUCUAUAACUUGCAGCCAUUGCCUCCUGAAGAGUCCUGGAUUCUUUUUUGCGCCAAAACCUUUCAUGGAAAAGCUUGUCCUCCGCACCUGGAGGGAAUUUGUAGGUGUAUUUUGAAGAAAUGUGAAGGACUUCCUCUUGCGAUAGUGGCGAUUGGUGGGGUUUUGGCUGCGAAAGAUAGGCGAAGGAUUGAUGAAUGGGAAAUGGUUCAUCGGAGUCUUGGUGCUGAGAUUGAAGACAAUGACAAACUCCAGAAUUUGAAGAAAGUGCUUCUUUCACUCAGCCUCAAUGACUUGCCAUGCCAUUUGAAAGCAUGUUUUCUUUACUUGAGCAUCUUUCCGGAGAAUCAUUUAAUCGAACCAAUGAGACUGGUUCGGUUGUGGACGGCAGAGGGAUUUGUUGAAGCGAAGGAAGGAAAGACAAUGGAAGAAGUUGCGCAGGAGUACCUCAGCGAUCUCUUGAACAGAAGCCUGAUGCAAGUGGCUGGAACAACAAGCGAUGGAAGAGUCAAGGCCUGUAGAAUCCGCGACUUUCUGAGGGAAAUCAUUAAAACAAAGUCCAGAGAGCACAACAUUGCAGCCAUAGCUAAAGAACACAUGAAUCAGAACGCACUAUGGCCAGAUAGAGUUCGACGAUUAUCAGUUCACAAUACACUACAAAAUGUUCAGCAAAACAGGCACACCAGUCACAUAGGGAAGCUUCAGAACCUGGAGACCUUAGAUCUUAAACAUGCCUAUGUCACUGAAUUGCCAUCAGAGAUACUCAACCUCAAAAAGCUUCGUCAUCUCAUGGUUUACCGAUAUGAAUAUGAGACUUUUGCUACUUUCAAAUAUGGCUUCAAGAGUCUAGAGAAGAUUGGUGCUCUUCAGUCUUUACAGAAACUCAGUUUUAUCGAGGCAAACCAUGUUGGGACGCUACAAGAGCUUGGCAAAUUAACUCAACUUAAAAGACUCGGAAUUAUAAAGUUGAGAAAACAAGAUGGGAAAAUGUUGUGUUCGUCUAUUGAACAUCUGACAAACCUUCGCGCAUUAUCGAUAACUUCAACAGAAGAGAGCGAGAUUAUUGAUCUUCAGCACCUUCACCAUCCACCUCAGCUCCCUCAAAGAAUCUACUUGGCAGGACGGUUGGAGAGUUUACCUCAUUGGAUAACUUAUGCUCACAGUUUGGUGAAACUUAAACUAAGAUGGAGUAGAUUGAAGGAAGAUCCGCUGGUGUUUCUGCAAGAUCUUCCUAAUCUUGUUCAUCUCGAACUGGUUCAAGUAUACGAUGGAGACAUGCUCUGCUUCAUGGCUGGUGGGUUCAAGAAGAUGAAGCUACUAGGUUUGUACAAGUUUGAAGGGCUGAGAUUUGUGGAAAUACAAAAGGGAGCAAUGUCGUGCAUUGAAAAGCUUAGAAUUCAGCGGUGUAAGUCGUUGCAGAAGGUGCCGCUGAGAAUUGAGCAUCUGAGCCAGUUGAAAAUGCUAGAGCUUUUUGACUUUCCACAUAAAUUUUUGAAGACGAUUCGCCGAGAUGAAGGAGGUGAACACUACUGGAGAGUUGCACAAAUUCCUAAAGUGAAUUCAACCGCUGGAGAGACGGGGAUGGGAAGUUUAGGUAAGAUUUCAUUUAGAUGA